UUUACUAGAUCGUUACGAACUGUAGACUGGCAACGUGUUCUUUCAUCGCUAAACGCAUUCUUCGCUUCCUUUCGCUUUCAAACAACUCCACGUUUCCUUUUUCUCUUUUCGCGAUCUUGUAGAAACAUUUGCAUCGUUCGAACUGAGGGAAUUUCGCGAGUGGAAAAGAACAAGGGAAAAAUGCAAGUUUGUAGUGAAGAUCGAGGAUUGUUCUGUGUGAACCGUGAAAAACUGCUGAACGAGAAGAAUGCUAGUCAAGGAAAAGUUCAACUGACUCUUCGGGAACUGAUAGAUGCUUUGCACGAGGCUUUUAAGACUGAUCAUGUUAAUAUCGACGAUGUGCAGAGCCUGAUGGCGUCUUACAGGAGCAACCCCUUGGAGUGGAAAAAAUACGCGAAGUUCGAUAGAUAUAGGUACACAAGGAACUUGGUCGACGAAGGAAAUGGAAGGUUCAAUCUUAUGGUGCUAUGUUGGGGCGAAGGUCAUGGUUCAGCUAUACAUGAUCACGCUGAUGCACAUUGUGUCAUGAAAAUUCUUCAGGGUGAACUUUGUGAGACAAGAUAUGCGUGGCCAAAGAAGUGCAAGGAUAAUAACGACGGAGAGGAGUUGGAGGAGCUUGAAGAGUUACAGAGAAACACUCUUGGAUUAAAUGAAAUUUGUUACAUCAAUGAUUCUCUGGGACUUCACAGAGUAGAAAACCCAAGUGCCGUUAACCCCGCAGUGUCGCUGCAUCUAUACUCGCCGCCAUUUUCCUCGUGUUCGGUCUUCAACAAACAAACGGGACAAAGAAGCCAGUGUAAAGUCACAUUCUGGUCGAAAUACGGAGAGAGGAGGAACCGGGAGAUCCAAGACUCCAGGUGUCCGGAGGAUAACUAACUUAACCCCGUGGCAAUUUGCUUCGUAUAGUAUAAAAUUUAGAACGUAGUUUUAUAAAAUGAUAAGUAUGUACUUAAACGCGUUUAAGUUUUGCUAAGUAUUUUUGUUAACGUUCGACCUUGGUGCAAUUACGGUGAGAUGAGUUCCUCGAAAAUAAAUAUCUGAUUGUUUUGUGAAAAUAAAAAGAAUUUAUCAAGGUUCGAGGUCAAUGAACUCAUUUACGAUAAAAUGAUUAAUUGUAUCGUAAUUACUAUUGGUUUCCAACUCUCAUUAAGAGCAAUCUUUUUCGCGAUGAAAAAACUCAUAAUGUAGCAAUUAAUUAAGUCUGUUUUUCCAAAUAAAUAAUGUACAUACGAAUAUUUACACUGUUAUCGAUUUCGGACACUCGAAAUUAUUCCGAAACGUAUUACAAGUUCAUACAAAAUUAAUAAACAAGUAUAUAUAAUUCACUUUGGUAUCAGCUACGUGAAAUUGUAUUGAUAAUAACAAUUAAGUGUACACUUCCAAACACAAUAAAACGAUAAAUUCUA